CCUCUUCUCCCUCUCCUUCAGGAUGGGCUGGCUGGGUUGUACAGUGAUUUUGAGUUGCCUCUUUCACACUCUCUUGGCUCAUAAUGACGUCUUCACCUCCAUUGGUCAGAUGACAGACUUGCUGUACGUAGAGAAAGACUUGGUGACAUCGCUAAAGGACUACAUCAAAGCGGAGGAGAUCAAACUUCAGGAGGUGAAAACAUGGGCUGAUAAGCUGGACACCCUGACGGCCACUGCGAUGCAAGACCCCGAGGGCUUCCUGGGCCACCCAGUCAAUGCCUUCAAGCUGAUGAAAAGGCUCAACACCGAGUGGGUAGACCUGGAGAACUUGGUGCUGAAAGACACCUCAGAUGGCUUCAUCUCUAACCUGACCAUCCAGAGGCAGUUCUUCCCAACUGAAGAGGAUCAGACAGGAGCCGCUAAAGCUCUCCUCAGGCUGCAGGACACAUACAGGCUGGAUGCCAACACCAUCUCUACCGGGAUUCUGCCUGGUGUGACCUACAAGAGCCCCAUGACAGCAGAGGACUGCUACGAGCUGGGGAAGGUAUCUUACAGCGAUGCAGAUUACUACCACACUGAGCUGUGGAUGGCCCAGGCCCUCAAACAGCUGGACGAGGGCGAGGAGUCCACCAUAGACUCGGUCACUAUUCUCGACUACCUCAGCUAUUCCAUCUACCAACAGGGGGAGCUGGAGAGAGCCCUGGAGCUUACAAAGAGACUUCUAGAACUGGACCCAGUCCACCAACGGGCCAACGGGAAUCUGAAGUACUUUGAGUUCCAGCUGGAGAAACAGACGAAACAGGAGGCGGCGAAGAAUCUGGUGACGAGCCAGAAGAUGAAUGGCACCGAGAAGAGAGAGCCACAGAAGACCCGCUUCAGAGACCCCCUGCCAGAGAGGAAAGUGUACGAGAUGCUGUGCAGAGGAGAGGGCAUCAAAAUGACUCCUCGUAGGCAAAGUCGGUUGUUUUGCCGUUACUAUGACAACGGCCAUAACCCCCAAUACCUGCUGGGUCCGGUGAAGCAGGAGGACGAGUGGGACCGGCCCCGCAUCGUGCGCUUCCAUGACAUCAUCUCGGACAGUGAGAUCGCCAAAGUGAAGGAGCUGGCCAAGCCUAGGUUACGCAGGGCCACCAUCUCCAACCCCGUCACAGGUGUGCUGGAGACGGCCCACUACAGGAUCAGCAAGAGUGCCUGGUUGACAAGCUACGAACAUCCAGUGAUAGAGAGGAUAAACCAGCGUAUUGAGGACCUCACGGGCCUUGAGAUGGACACUGCAGAGGAACUGCAGGUGGCAAACUAUGGAGUGGGCGGUCAGUACGAGCCACACUUUGACUUUGGCCGGAAAGAUGAACCCGAUGCAUUUAAAGAGUUGGGCACAGGCAAUCGCAUUGCCACAUGGCUCUUUUAUAUGAGUGACGUGCCAGCAGGGGGCGCCACCGUAUUUCCAGAUGUUGGAGCUGCCGUGCGGCCCAAGAAGGGAACUGCAGUGUUCUGGUAUAACCUGUUCCCCAGUGGGGAGGGAGACUACAGUACCCGGCAUGCAGCCUGCCCCGUGCUGGUGGGAAACAAAUGGGUAUCAAACAAAUGGAUCCAUGAAAGAGGGCAGGAGUUCAGACGACCCUGUACCCUGGAGGAGAUCUCAUCAUGAGAUUGAGACAAAGCGCUCCCUCUGUUCCUCCGUCACUCCACCAAACCCCCAGCAUCCCCUCUCCUCAACACUCCAACCGUCAGCAAAUGGACUUUGACAAUCUGAACAUCCACUAUACAGCUCUCUGUCCUUUAAUCCGCCUCCAUUCGAACUCCCCCACCUCCUUUCUCCUCAGGUGUCCCAGAUCAGGGUGAAACCUAUGGCUGGCUGCUAUCCCAUGGCCAGCCACUGCAUGUGUGCCUUCUAGACCUCUGUGGCCCCUCGUUGGACUCAAUUAACUCUGGAGUAUUUCUGGAAUAUUCAUCAAGACUCUUUUAUUACACCAAUGUUCCAUCUGUACAAGCAACACUUCUCAUGAAGUCACUUUAGGUCACAUAAAAUAGAAUUAAUUUCAUUGCUCAUGUCUUGGCCCUUUGUGGUGGUAGCAGUCUGAGUAGUAAGUGGUUUAGGCGGACCGGAUCUGGUAAAGAAAGGUGAAAAGUUGAGCCUUUUUUUAUGUAUAUUUAACCUAUGCCAGCAGUAGGGAACCUAUGAUCACUGAAUCUGGGAGUACACGCUUUGCCCUGUGGUGCCUGUGUCAUCCCUGAUGUUGGAAUUAGCAGAAAACUGUUAUGAGCUUUGGAUGCCAUCUAAAGUCAUUUGAAUUCAGAUCCAGAUCCAUUCCAUGAGCCAGACUUUUACUCAAUUACCCUGUGUGGUGUAAGACAUUUUUUUUAACACAUCCCUUCAUAUAUGCAAUUGUGUUUGCUGACUUUAAUGAACUAAGAAAUACAUUUCACUAGAAAACUGGUCAGAAAAACACUUCUAAAUUCAACAUCCUUCAUGAUACUAGGGCAAAAACAUCAAUCACUGGACACUUUCGCCUUAAAGAAGAGCUGUGAACAAUAAUACUUCAUGACACGAAUGCAGAAUUUGCCUCCAAUCCAGUGUGAUACCAGAUACUCUGCAGUGUUGUUUUAUUAUGAUACAAAUUGACCAAUCCAGUGUGAAACCAGAUACUAUGCAGUGUUGUUUUAUUAUGAUACAAAUUGACCAAUCCAGUGUGAAACCAGAUACUCUGCAGUGUUGUUUUAUUAUGAUACAAAUUGACCAAUCCAGUGUGAAACCAGAUACUCUGCAGUGUUGUUUUAUUAUGAUACAAAUUGACUAGCCAAUGGAAGUGGGCAGAAUAGACAAUCAAUCAUGUCAACAAAUGGCUCAUAGAGUCCAUUGCACUCUGUUAUCUUCAGUAUAUUUUCCAAAGAUCAGAGAUUAUUGGCUCUCGUCAUACCCUGGUAUUCAGCUUACACAAGCAUAUAUGACACAUUAUGCAUAUAAUGGCACAUUUAUGCUGAUAUCUGCUGAUUAGGUCAUUGGAUAUUUUUUGAUGAAAAAAAACAACAACUUCUUCAUGAGUCCUAAUGUCUGGGUUUUAAUGAGAUUCAUUCAGAGUACCAAAGAAUACAUGAACCAGUCAAUCACAUUCAUGGCAGAAUCUAUUUAAAUCUCACUCCAGGUUCAAUCAUUGUGUUUUUUUCUUAAAUUUUUUGGAAUGCUUGUGAAAGUGUGAAAUGAAUGUUUUUCUAUGGAAAUAAACAUAAAGUCAUUAAUAA